UCUCUCUUCUUCCCUCUCAUUUACAAAUCACAGGCCUCUCUCUUUCAAUCUGUCUUUCGAUCAACGUUAACUAAUCUCUUCAAAAAUGGCGGUUGACUCUGCAAUUUCGUCUCCUUUGGGACCGCCGGCGUGCGAAAAGGACGCCAAGGCCCUACAGUUCAUAGAGGAAAUGACUCGAAAUGCAAACUUGGUCCAAGAAAAGGUUUUGGCCGAAAUUUUGAGCCGAAACGCCGAGACGGAAUACUUGAAGAGGUUUAAGCUCAACGGUGCAAUUGACCGAGAUACGUUUAAGUCCAAACUUCCGGUCAUCACCUACGAAGAUCUCCAGCCAGAAAUCCAACGUAUAGCCAGUGGAGAUCGCUCUGCCAUUCUAUCGGCUCACCCUAUCUCUGAAUUCCUCACCAGUUCUGGGACUUCUGCUGGGGAAAGGAAACUUAUGCCCACGAUUCAAGAAGAGUUGGAUCGUAGACAGUUGCUCUACAGUCUGCUAAUGCCAGUAAUGAAUCUUUAUGUGCCCGGAUUGGAUAAAGGCAAGGGGCUAUACUUCCUGUUUGUGAAAUCAGAAACAAGGACUCCAGGUGGGCUCCUGGCCCGACCCGUUCUCACUAGUUACUAUAAGAGUGACCAUUUCAAGACCCGACCGUAUGACCCGUACAGCGUCUACACCAGUCCCAACGAGGCCAUCCUCUGCGCUGAUUCUUUCCAGAGCAUGUAUACCCAGAUGCUUUGCGGCCUUCUCGAGCGCCACCAUGUACUCCGCCUCGGUGCUGUCUUCGCCUCCGGCUUGCUCCGUGCCAUCAAAUUCCUGCAGCUCAACUGGCAAGAACUUGCCAAUGAUAUUAAAACGGGGAAGCUGAGCCAGAAGAUCACUGAUUCUUCCAUCAGGGACUGCAUGGCCAAAAUCUUGGUAAAACCAGAUCCUGAACUCGCUGGGUUUGUUAGAGCCGAGUGCGCUACGGGGAACUGGGAAGGUAUCAUUACGAGAAUUUGGCCCAACACCAAAUACCUUGAUGUGAUUGUCACUGGCGCCAUGGCUCAGUAUAUUCCUACUCUGGACUAUUAUAGUGGCGGGUUACCGUUAGCAUGCACCAUGUACGCAUCGUCCGAGUGUUACUUUGGCUUGAAUCUAAACCCCAUGUGCAAGCCAUCCGAGGUUUCUUACACAAUCAUGCCAAACAUGGCCUACUUCGAGUUCCUUCCCCACUCACCCAAUUCGCCCAGCGUCACCCGUGAGUCAUCCCCAAAACUCGUUGACCUUGUCGACGUGGAAGUGGGUAAGGAAUACGAGCUCGUGAUCACCACUUACGCCGGCCUCUACCGGUACCGAGUGGGCGACAUACUCCGAGUCACCGGGUUCCACAACUCCGCCCCGCAGUUCCAUUUCGUAAGGAGGAAGAACGUGUUGCUCAGCAUUGACUCGGACAAGACCGACGAGGCGGAGCUACAGCGAGCAGUGGAGAACGCAUCCCAGCUCCUCCGCGAAUUCAACACCAGCGUCGUCGAGUACACAAGCUACGCCGACACGAAAACGAUCCCGGGUCACUACGUGAUAUACUGGGAACUGCUUGUGAAGGACCCAGCAAACUGGCCCAGCGAGCAGGUACUUAAUCAGUGCUGUUUAGAGAUGGAGGAGUCGCUGAACUCGGUGUAUCGACAAGGCCGGGUCGCAGACAACUCGAUAGGCCCAUUAGAGAUCCGUGUGGUGAGAAGUGGGACAUUCGAGGAGCUGAUGGAUUACGCGAUAUCGAGAGGGGCAUCCAUCAAUCAGUAUAAGGUGCCGAGGUGUGUAAACUUUAUUCCUAUCAUGGAGUUGCUGGAUUCUAGGGUGGUAUCGGCGCAUUUUAGCCCAGCUCGGCCACAUUGGACUCCUGAACGAAGAAGGUGAUGAAAUAAUCUAUUUGUUUAAGCACCGACCAGAAGAGUUCAAGUCAAUGAGCUGGUCAUUAUUGCAAUAUGUAGAUUCUUCUCUAUCUCUUUUCUUUAGUUUUUUUUUUUCUUCUGAUUUUAAAAUAUUUAUUGGGUUUUAAUUUGGAUAGGGUUUCUUAUUUUUUAUUUUUUGUUGGAUUUACAUUUGGGUAGUUCUUUUUUCUAAUUUCGUUGGGGUUUCAAUAUGAAAAACCAAGAGGUGAAAAGAAGUACGUAUAAUGAUUAGGAUGUUUCAGAGUCAGGUUUGUGUUCUGGUUCAAUUAACCUCCAGAAAGGAUGUAUCACCGAAAAAGGAAUAUAACUUUUCUUUUAUAUAAA